UAAAAAAACCAAAUUAAAAAUACCAAAGCACCCUGCGAACACUUAAAACAAACGUCUUGAACAGUAACACCUACAGUAUGUUGUCAAGUUGGUCAGUUUUGACCAUCAUUGUGUGGCAUUUUCUUUUGAGACAAGAAGGUAAUGUGGCUUUUUAUUAUAUGGGGAUAUUUCUGCGAUUUGACAAGUAUCCGUAGCAUCAACUUUGCUUUCAGCAAUGAUGUCGUGAUGAUAUUGAAGUUGUCCAGUAAGGUGUCCAAUUUAAAAUUGCUUCCCUCCUGCUUAUGUCUCUUCCCUUUCGAGAUUAAUUGGUCCUCGAAACAGGUGACUGGCGUUAAACAUUUUUUUUCCCUUCACUCAAAUGAAUUAAGCGGAAGGAGUCCAAUUCUUAUGGGAGGAAAUGGUUUCCCCCACUUUCUCGGGUGAUGUAUUUUCUUGGAGACCAGCGUUUGUUUUCAUUUUGUGUUUUUGUUUCCGAUUGUUAAAAAGAGACCGCCGGCUUGUGAAGUUGAAGCCUUAGCUACUUAAAGUUGGCACUGUAACAUCAUGGCAGAGUUGGACCAGUUAAGGAUCCGUUGGAGGAUGCGCUGUGUGCUCGCCUCGCCUACAUUGAGACCCAAAAGGUCUACAGCACUGUGAGUGAGUGUGUUUGAGCGCGUGCGGGCGUGUGUGUGUGUGUGUGAGUCAGCCAUGGCGACCGCGAGCCUGGAGAACCAGCUGCAGAGCGCGCAGAAGAACCUGCUCUUCCUCCAGCAGGACCACGCCAACACGCUGAAGGGCCUCCACGCCGAGAUCCGCCGCCUGCAGCAGCACUGCACAGAUCUGACGUACGAGCUGACAGUGAGGAGCUCUGAAGACACGGAUGACGGGGAGGCGCGCUGCAGGGAGCUGCGUCAGAAGUGCGAGGAGCUGGAGGAGCAGCUGAAGGCCAAGGAGGAGGAGAACGCCGAGCUCCUGAGGGAGCUGGAGCAGAAGAACGCCAUGAUCUCGGUGCUGGAGAACACCAUCAAGGAGCGGGAGAAGAAGUACCUGGAGGAGCUGAAGAUGAAGAGCCACAAGCUGGCCGUGCUGUCGGGCGAGCUGGAGCAGAGGGCCAGCACCAUCGCCUACCUCACCUCCCAGCUGCACGCCACCAAGAAGAGGCUGCUGGCCGGGAGCUCCUCGGAGACCAGCCCCAACGUCAGCCCCGUCAGCUCCUACAAGCCGUCGCCGCCGCCCACCAAGGAGCGGCAGCAGCAGGCGCAGCCGGACACGCCGCGCCGGCGCAUGAAGAAGAGCCUGUCGCAGCCGCUGCACUCGGAGUACGCCGAGCUGUACCGCCUGGGCGCCGACGGGCGCCGGCUGGUCCUGCGCGAGCCCGUGGACGCCAUGCCCGACCCCACGCCCUUCCUGCAGGCGCGCGAGAUGGCCGCCGAGGCCCAGGCGCCGCGGGAGCGGCCGGCCGUCAUCCCGCCCAUCGCCUGCGAGCGCCCGCCCCCCGCCUCCUCCGCCAGCCCGCGCCACAGCCCCGCCCGCGACCGAGACCGCGACCGCGACCGCCAGCACCGGACCCACGUGGGCGUGGCCCACCGCAUCCACCACGUGGCCCCGCCCCCCGCCCCGCCGGAGCUGGAGACGCUGGCCGUCGACCAGGUGAGCGCCGACAAGGUGGUGAGGAAGCGCUCGGGCGCCGACAGAACAGUGUGACUGACGGCCCCGAGCCCCGCCCACGAGCCCAGGCCCCGCCCCCGCAAGCUGCUUUAUAUGCAACACUCGGACGAGCAAAGAGAACCGACCGGAAACGGACACCAGUUUGGAAAAGAAAGACACUUUUGUUCACGUUCCUCCUUAAAGACUUGUUUUCCCGUGUAGAAAAGGACCGAGCAUGCCAAAUCCCCCCCUUUCGUUUAUCCUUUUCGUUCUUUCCCAACCCAUGUGACUUUAUCCAUCCCACUUCCUGUUUUGCUUGGUCUUUAAGCGAACCCUUACUGACACGAUGCAAAAAAUAAAUAAUCACAGCCAAAUGUCAGCAUUAUUGCCUGCUAAUUUGAUGCACUCCGGAUACAUGCACAUAUUCAUGAAUGCCACAGCAAAACCAUAUCACCAUAUCUCAUCCUGCAGUGAACCCCGGUCUAUGGCUCAGUCCACUCAUAUAGCGUAGGUCUCAAUAACUCUGCGUAGGAACUUACAGCCACAUGUUAACCAAGUGUUUACUAAUUAAACUUGUUCUUCUCAAAUGUUUUUUUUUUCCUCUCUCUUCCUCUAAUCUCAAUGCAUAUACUGUACUAUAGGACAGGAUCCCAGGUCUGUGAAUAAUUUAACUGAAUCGGUGACAAAGCCUUCCCAGCAGCUGCAGUGUGUGUGUGUGUGUGUGUGUGUGUGUGUGUGUGUGUGUGAGAGAGAGACUGAGUGAGUAUGAGUGUAUGUGUGCACGUGCGAGUGCACGCAUUCCUGUGUGUUUGUAUGUACAUGUGAGGGUGUGUGUUCGUGUGUGUAUAUGGAAGUGAGAGACUCUGUGCAUGCAUGCGAGCGUGUGUCUGUAGAUGUGUCUGUAUGUGAGUGGUACAGGACUGACGAAAUGUCAAGGCUGAGGCAAGGGCAUUUUUGUGACCAUAUUAAUAUAUUUGUUUCUUUUUGAUUUUGUAAUACAUCCUGUAACAUAUAAAAAAUGGCAACGUAUUGUGUUUCAAUUUGUUUGUUCAAAUGUAUUGACAGAGAACCAAAUACACAUUUUAAAAAAACAAU